UUUUUUUUGCUUAAACUGCCUUUAGCUUCUCUCUGCCCUAUAAACUUGGUUCUGUGAAAAGAAUGGUGUCGUGGGCAACAUUAAAAACACUUUUGGACUUGUUUAUGAUGCAUCAUGAACUUGAAGAACAUCAUGAUGUCUUGUAUCUAAACAGCUCUGGUCUAUCAUCUCAUAUUCUCAUCCCACCUCAGAAGUGCCCAAAAGACCAAUGCUUACAGAAGAUGCCAGAAGAGCUUGUGAGACAAUGGGAAGAUAUUAAAGCUGAACCUCUUGGACCUACCUACGUACGCAUGAAGUUUAUAACCAUCUUGAAGUCCUUGAUGAAGCCCAUGCUUGUCUAGGUUACUGUUUCUCCACAUUUACUCCUUUUCUGUAGCAUUGUUGAUGAUUUGACAGCUCCUGCCGUCCUGCAAGCGGAUGGGAUCAGAAACGAUUGCACACUUCGUUUUUCUCCUCGCUGCUCUCACUUUUUUGGUCUAUUGGAAAUAAAUAAUUGUUACGCGUUCAACCUGAGACAGUUAUUCUGUUUGUUACUUUACUUUCUUUCCAUGAGUUUUAGUAUAUUAAUGUAUGUAUAACCUAUAGUUUUAGUGUAAAUGCACUGUUAUUGGAUUAUGAGUUUUUUUGUGGGAUUUUGUUAAGAAUAUUAAAUUUGGAAAUAUCCUCAGACAGUCAAUUUCUGUUUCAGGAUAAGAGUGUGAUUUUAAUCAAAAUGCAUCCAACCCUCUUUAAUACUAUUUUUGGCUGUGCAUCUUCUUUUAAUUAUCUUUCUUAAUGGUUCCAACUAGAGUGAAACUCGAACUAUAUGUAAAACGUUUUUUUACGGCAACUAGUUUAUAUGAAUUAUAUAUGACUAAAUGUUUACAACGUACACCGCUUAGUUAUCCUUCUUAACUAGACAAAAAUGUUUUUUUACGGCAACUAGUUUAUAUGAACUGUCUAUGAGUUAUUUUAAUUAUCUUUCUUAUGUUUACAACGACCAUACCGCUUAGUCUAGGAUAUUCUUUUUCGAAACCUACGUUUUAACUGAACCCAGGAAGUGAGAGGAGAAAUGAGAGAUUUGACAAAGUUUUAUCAAUUCUUUGAAGACGACAAAAAAAAAAACAGAAUAGAAUGUUGAGUAGACUUUUAAAAUUGCAUAGCUUCACAAAUUUCAAAAAUUAGAAAUGAGGACAACCACACAAAAUGCCAUUUUCUGAUUGUGUAAUAUACCAGUUAGUACUUUUAACCAGGUCCGGCUCAUUCAAUUUAUAGGCUUUGUGCUGAUAAAAAAAAAUCUCUCAGAUUGUAUGUGUAUGUAUUAUUGUAAAUUGACAAUUAAGACUAUACUAUAUAUAUUUUAAAACAAAUCAUCAGGACCUUAAUUCUUUUUACAAAAAUAACAACAAAAAAGACAGUGCAAAAGCAUCCCAUACCAUAAUAAGCCUAAACUAAAAUAGAUUCAGAUUCAAAUAGUCAGAUCAGUGGUAAAUAGUUAACAUAUGAGGUAGAUUCCGAUCACCAUGUGUAAGCAUGUUCACUACAGUGUUCAUUGUUUAUUGUCUGUGUUGAAUUGUAAAGGUAGGAAAAAACUUCUUAUAUUGUUGAUACUUUUUUCAUAUAUCUUUCAUCAUAUGAUCUGAGCUGCAUCGGAAAAAUGUACAGUCUACAGAAUAAAGUGGCUACCAUAAUGAUUAACUUGAGUUUGGCAAACUUUCCGACUAAUAAUGAAAUGUAGCCGAAUUGUCUGUUAUGAAAAUAUCAUUUAAACACACAAGUUCAGAUUUUCUAUAUAACUGUGAUUUUGUUUCAUGUGAGACACAUUUUCAGUUUUUGCCUACCAUUUGAUCAUAUAGUUAUGCGGACUAGAGAAGAUAUUGUUUCAGAUUUAAUGUUUGAAUAAUGAUAAUUUACGUAUGGCAAAUUUGUAUGUGGUUUUUGAAUCAAAUUUGUGAUACACACUUGGUUUCAUAACUCUUCAUGAAUUAAUAAUACAUCAAGUAAUAGUGAUUUUCCCUUUUUGAAAUAAUAUUUAUUUCAACAUAGACCGCCUGCAACGAGCAGUUCGUUCGUUACGGUGAGUAUGCACCACCUGCAAUUCAUCUGUUGACGAAGGCCGAGCGUUAGAGGCUGUAAAUGCAACCAAACACAACAGAGAAAAAACAAAUUUCAGUUGGUCCUUGACUCAGCGUUUAAUCCAUAGACCAAGAAGCAUAAGUAAACAUUUGUCUAAAAAAAACAAGAUAGUUACAGAAACGUUUUACAAACAUAGCAUAGAUUAGCAUAGCAUCCAAGCAGCUUCCAACUAGCCACAAAAUAAUACUGAUCUUCGCUCCGCUCCAUAUAGAAAGGCGUAAAUAAACAGUAACAGUCCGGCCCAUGAAAGGCCCAUUAGUUUAGGUCCAGAACGUAUUAGAUUCCUUUAACGCAGAUACCAAUUCCAUUGCCGAAGAAAAUCAAUCUUCCCGUCGAACACGAUAAUCUCUCCGCCGUAAAACCGCCGAAUCGUUUGGGACCGUCGUAACCGGAGAAAGAAAUCGAUCACCAUCACUUCGCUUCACCCCCAUCACGAUCGACAGGUCCAUUUCUUCAAUCAAAUCAACAAAUGUCUUCCUCGCUGCUCGAAGGAAUCCCAGAAGCAGUCGCUCUCCGAUGCCUCGCUCACGUCCCCUUACACCACCACCCCAACCUAGAACUCGUCUCCCGCUCCUGGCGCGCGGCGAUACGCAGCCGCGAGCUCUUCCGCGUCCGCAACGAACUCAAAUCAUCAGAGUCCCUCCUCUGCGUUUGCUCCUUCGACCCCGAGAACACGUGGCAAGUCUACAGCCCCGAUUGCGAUCGCUGGCUCACUCUCCCUCUCCUCCCGUCCCCGAUCCGCCACCUCGCUCACUUCGGAGCCGUUACAACCUCCGGAAAACUCUUCGUCCUGGGCGGAGGCAGCGACGCCGUGGAUCCCUUAACCGGCGACCACGACGGCACCUUCGCGACGGACGAGGUCUGGUGCUACGACUUCGUCGAGAGGAGAUGGAGUCAGCGAGCUUCGAUGCUUGUCCCUCGGUCUAUGUUCGCUUGCUGCGUUCUCGACGGGAAGAUUGUAGUCGCUGGAGGAUUCACGACUUGUAGGAAGUCAGUUUCUGGUGCGGAGAUGUAUGAUCUUGAGAACGAUGUGUGGAGUACCAUCCCUGAUCUUAACCGGACUCAUAACUCUCCCUGCUCCGGUUUGGUGAUCAGAGGGAGAGUUCACGUUUUGCAUAAAGGUUUAUCGACGGUGCAGGUUCUUGAGAGCGUUAAGGUGGGGUGGGAGGUGAAGGAGUACGGUUGGCCUCAGGGUUCGAUGGCUGUUGUUGAGGGUGUGGUUUAUGUGUUGAGUCAUGGAGUGGUGUAUAAGCAAGAAGAGGAUGAGACGUCGUGGAAGGUGGUUGCGUCGGCGUCGGAGUUUAAGUUGAGGAUUGGGAUGGCGAUGACGAGUUUGAGUGGUGAGGUUUUGCUCGUUGGAGGAGUGAUUGGACCUGAUAGGCAUUGGGAUAUUAAGCCGUUGUCGGAUGUUGAUGUUUUGACGGUGGGGAGUGAUCGUCCGGUGUGGAGGAAGGUGGCUCCGAUGACUAAGUGUUGUGGGACGGUUCUUGGUUGUACGCAGUUGAUAAUCUGAUGGGGGUGUGAUGUAAUACGACAGUUUUUUUUCUUUCGGUUUUUGUUUGUUUUGUAUGUCCGUUUUUUUGGUCAGAGUAUGUCUUUGUUUUUCUCACUGUUUGUUAUAAUGUUUUUGUUUAUUGUUUAUUUCUCUUUGAGAUAAAAGAACAUAGCUAAGCUUUAAGAAGA